AUGCCUUCGCAUCGCCCUAAUCUCCCUCCACCUCCUCAACCGACACGAAUCUUCUUUGAUCCCUUCAAUUCUUCUUCCACAGGUCACCAGCGUGCCGAGAAUAGAUUGUCCGGCAGCACAUCAUGGCGCGACUCCCGGGCAUACAAACUCAGACAUCAAUUUCGUGACAAUACAGGAGGCGGUGGAGAGAAUCAUUUGUCAGACCUCGUCGGCGCCGGCAGUGAAGGCUUUGGCAAGGACGGGCGCAAAGAGAAUGGCGACUGGGAGAAGGGUGCGCCCGGUCUCAGGGAGAAAGGAUGGCAAGAUAUCCGAAGUCUGAUGGACGGCAACCGAAAGCGAUCUGCGGACAGUGUCGAGGGCGAGGAUGGGAAAGACUCAAUCACAGAAUUGAAGAAGAGACGGACGUCGCAUAUUCAGGAAUCAGAAUACGCAUCUCGACCGAGGGAGCCGGAUUCCCAACUCGCGUCGACGCAACAGCAACUACAGUCAACACACGACGAAGAGACGAAAGAAUCCGCUCCGCAACCACCACAGAUCUUCCGCCACCUAAAUAUCUACCUCAAUGGCUCGACUGCCCCACUCAUCUCAGACCACAGACUAAAACAGCUCUUCGCGCAACACGGGGGUAAUACCUCGAUAGGACUGGGUCGUCGUACAGUGACACACGUCAUCAUCGGCGACGACUGUGGUGGCGGUCUUGCGUCAACCAAAAUUCAGAAGGAAGUCGCUCUGGUAGGGGGCAAGGGAGUCAAGUACGUGACGGCACAAUGGAUCCUGGACAGCAUCGGAAAAGGUAUACGACAGCCUGAAGCAAGAUAUGUGCCAAAGAGCCUGGGCGGGAGGAUAGGUGGGAGUGGUCAAGCGAGUGUCCGUACCAUGUUUCAGCCGAAGAAGACGAAGUGA